AUGGCAGAUUCAACUGCGAGUCGCAGGCCGGAAGGGCCAGCCGUGACCACCAUGGAGUUAUUCCCCAUUCCACCUCAUCAACUACCGCCUAUCGGAUCAGAAUUACCUAAAGGAUAUCGCACCGGGGGAGACGAGAAUGCAAAAAGGAUCCCGAGUUUGCCAAACGAGCCACUGCCGGAGGAUCCUCAAGCAUCGUCAGAUGAUGGAGAUACGCCAGUAUUCGAACCUCUCAGAGUAUCAAAAGCGAAAGGGGCUACGGUUAUUAUUACUCUGGCUGGGAUCAGUUUUCUAAACACGAUGGGUUCUGGAAUCCUCAUUGCUGCCCUACCGAGGAUAGCCAUUGAUAUAGGCCUGUCUGAAAGCCUAAUCCUCUGGCCAGCAGCUGUUUAUGCCCUGGCCGCAGGCUGUCUGCUUCUCAUCUUCGGGGCUGUCGCUGACGUUAUCGGGGCCAAGUUGAUGUGGGUUGUCGGAAGCUACCUGUUCGUUAUAUUCACCCUAGCUAUUGGGUUCUCUCAAACGAGCAUUCAGAUUAUUCUUUUUCGAACCUUUCAAGGUGCAGCCAUAUCCAUGUGUCUGCCUACAGCAGUCAGCCUCAUCACCAAUACGUUUCCGAAGGGCCCGUGGCGCAAUGUUGCGUUUGCAAUGAACGGAAUGGGGCAACCCCUGGGCUACGCUGCUGGCCUAGUUCUAGGUGGUAUUUUCACAGAUACCAUCGGUUGGAGAUGGGCGUAUUACAUGAUGGCAAUUAUCAACUUUUGUCUCUCUACAGCAUCCAUAUGGUCAUUGCCAUCGGUCCAUCGACACUCGGAUAAGCCAUGGAACCGCCGUCUUAUGGAAGAUAUCGACUGGCUCGGUGCUAUUAUCAUGAGCGUUGCCCUGGGACUGUUGAUGUAUGUGUUAGCCAUGACUACAUCUGCCUAUCAGAGAAUCGGGAAUGCUCAGAAUAUUGCCCUGCUUGUCGUGUCCAUCGUUUUACUGGCCGCGUUCCCCUUCUGGAUGAACUACCAGGUAAAGAGGGAAAAGCCCGCGCUUAUCCCCAACAACCUUUGGAGAAAUAGUUCGUUCACUUCUAUAUGUAUUUCUGUCUUUUUCUGCUGGGCAUCUCUCAAUGGGAUUGAGUAUUUUACAACUCUUUACUUUCAAAAAGUCGAGGGCUUAACCGCACUUCAGAGCUCGAUACGAUUCCUCGCUCAUAUUAUCAUGGGUGCAAGUGUUAACGUUGCAACAGCAUAUCUCAUUUCCAGGGUAAAAGUCCAACCCCUGGUUGUGGUUUCGGCUUUGAUAACCAUGAUCGCACCUAUACUUAUGGCAACCCUCAAGGUUGGAGAGAACUAUUGGUUCUCGCCAUUUUGGGCCCUGUUUCUCUCGCCUGUAAACCCGGAUGUCCUUUUCACUGUAUCCAACCUGGUCAUCUCAGAUGCAUUCCCGCCAGAUAUUCAGUCUUUGGCUGGAGGUGUGUUCAAUGAAGUCGCACAGUUCGGUAACUCAGUUGGCCUAGCAGUGACCGCUUCUAUUGCAGCAUCCAUUACAGACCACACAAGGCUCCAGGAUCAUAAGGAGAAGCUUAUGCUGGGGUAUAGAGGUGCGUUUUGGACCAUAUUUUCGAGUUGUGCUCUUGUCGUUAUUGUUUCAACUUUUGGCCUUCGAAAGGGUGGGACUGUAGGGAAAAAGGACGAAUAG